AACCCGUAGGUCCACAGAUGACAAAGCCGACCAUUUCAUCAUCCUUAUUCUGCAUAUUUCCAAAACAAAGUCUUUUUUUCUCACUCCUACACAAUACACCCACUUGGAAUUAGAAUUAGAAUUACUGAAUUACCACUCCAAAAUGAGCAAAAUCUAUUCCUUUUCUCUCGCUGACAACAUCUGUGUCAGUGAGUCCAACAUUAGAGGAACCCUUUCCUAGUCCCUCGCAACAUCACAGACUCAAAACAACAACAUAAAACACAACUAUCUCUUGCAUCAAAAUAAACUGAAACAAAUGGAGUUAGUUCCAUACACAGACCCAGAAUCCAAAAACUCAAAUUCAUCAACCCUAGCGUGGCAAGACAUGUUCCGAUCCGCCUCAAACCUCAAACAUUCUCCAACACCACCACCGCCACCACCACCCCCUCCAACUCACGCGCCACCACCAAAACCAAACCCAGAUCAAAAUUCUCUCUCAGGCGACCCACAAGUCCGUCUUGCCCUCUACAUCGCUAUGGCUCACGCAGGCCUCGCUUUCACCAUUUUCAUCCUCUACUUCGUCGCAAAACUCCUCGACGAGUAUCUUCGCCCCAUCCAGUGGGCAAUUCUCUGUUCUAUCCCUCUCAGAGGCAUUCAACAAACACUUGUUUCGUUUUGGUCUGAGCCUCUUCAACUUGGCCUCACAGAGACUUUUCUCGCUGUCCCAGUUGCGGUUUUCCAAGUUUUCGUUCAUACCCUGAUCGAAAUUCGCCGACUUUGCUCCAGGGUCAUUCUCAGAAAGCCAAAAUCAGAGCCCCCAAGACGGUUCCGAAGUGGGUUUUCAAAGCUUUUGCGAUGGCUAUUGUCGUUUGGUAUGUUUGUUAUAGCUUAUGAGAAGUUUGGGGCAAUUGGGUCUCUGUGUUUGAUCGGAUUAGGCCUUGUUUUUAGCUCCAAAAGUGUUGAUUCGACAAUGUCGGCUGUGUCGUCUUUUCGGAGUAAUAGCUUUAGACGUACUGCUAUUAGUGCUUUUUUCACUCGUGGGAUUUUGAAGAGGUUGAAAACCAUUGUGGCAAUUGGUCUAAUUGUUGGUAUGAUUGUUGGGUUUUUAACUGGGGUCAUUUUUUUCUCUUAUAAGAUUGGUGUAGAAGGCAAAGAUGCUGUGAUUUCUUUGAAAUCACAUGUGGAGGAGAGCAAUUAUGCUGAGAGGUUAGGUAUGAAAAAGUGGAUGGAUGAGAAUGAUGUGGCUGGAAUGGUGGAUAAGUACACUACUCAGUGUUAUGAGACUGUGUUGGAUCAGGUUGAUAGUUUGGCAAUGCAGUAUAAUAUGACUGAGCUUGUCACUGGGAUUAAGCAUUUUGUGAUAAAGAAACCGGGUAAUGAUUCAGGGAAUUCAAACUCGACGGCUUUAGUUAAGCCUUCGCCUUAUACAGAGAGAUUUUUGAGCUUGAGGAAUCGGAUUAGUAAUAGGGAGUGGGGGAUGAUAUAUACAGAAUUGGAUGAUAUGUUUAGGGAAUUGAUAAUUACUCGUGAGGACUUGGUUGAGAAGGCUAAAGGGUUUGCUGUUAAAGGAAUGGAUGUGUCACAACGUGUGUUUGCUAGUAGUAGAACUGUUUUAGGGAGUGGUGCAAGGUUUGUGUUUUCCAUUGGGAAUUCUAUAGUGUCUGGAGCAGCAGAGGUCUUCCAUUUUGUGUCUCAGUCAAUGGUGUUCUUUUGGGUGUUGUAUUAUCUGAUCACUUCGGAGUCUGGUGGGGUGACUGCACAAGUAAUGUGUAUGCUUCCAAUGCCAAAUUCAGCAAGAGUUAGAUGUGUUGAGGUUCUUGAUAAGGCAAUUUCAGGUGUGCUUUUGGCUACGGCUGAGAUUGUAUUUUUUCAGGGAUGUCUCACUUGGCUUUUGUUUAGACUGUACAAGAUACAUUUCCUGUACAUGUCAACUGUGCUUGCAUUACUCAGCCCUCUAUUUCCUAUCUUUCCAUAUUGGUUGGCCACAAUUCCAGCAGCUGUGCAACUGUUACUGGAAGGAAGAUACAUAUUAGCGGCUAGCUUGUCAAUUAUUCAUCUUCUGCUUAUGGAUUAUGGUGCUUCAGAAAUUCAGGAGGACAUACCUGGUCAUAGUGCCUAUCUUACAGGGCUUAGCAUCAUUGGUGGAAUGACAUUGUUCCCUUCUGCACUUGAGGGAGCAAUUAUGGGCCCUCUGAUAACUACAGUUGUCAUCGCUCUUAAAGAUUUGUAUGCAGAAUUUGUUCUAGAAGAACCUAAGAAGAAGCAAAAAUAGAAUGCAUAAUUAAGCCUCUGCCAACUUAUCAAAAAAGAAAAGCCUCUGCCAGUAAUGGGAGCCAUUGGAACACACUACACAGCCUGUGCAAGCACAUGAUUCUUUGUCACUCUCUUCAGUGGUCAUUCAAUUUUAACAGUAAUUAUUCAAAGAUUGGCUACGAGGAUGAUGUUAGUCCCCCACCUCCACCAAUGCCUUUUCUUUUUACUGUUUCUGUAACAAUAGUUUAUCAUGUAUCCUUCUUCCAUUUUUUAGUAGCAUGUAAACAAUAGUUGUAAAUUAUUCAUCCAUGUAAGAAUUUGGAAGUACUGUUCAGUUUGAACGUAUAGGGAUUUUGAGUGUGUUGAUUUGGUUGUUAGCUUA